UUCUUUAUAUUAAAAAAGAAAGAAAAAAUUAUGACCCUCUCCACAUCUCUCCACUGAUUCUGUUGUAACGCAAACAAAAGCGUGUUGUUCGCUUCUUUUUUCUCUGUUCUCUUCACAAGCUGCCAGAAAUUUAGAGGAACAGCAGUAAAGAUAUGAUUUUUUUGAUGAAGCUGAAGAUGGGGCUCCUCUUCAUCUUGUUUCUCUUCAUGGGUUUCUCUGCUUCUUCCACUUCCAUUUCAGAUGAUGUAUUUGACUCCCACGCGUUUACUGGCAGAAAUCUGCUUCAGGCCAAGAAAGCUUGCCCUGUGAACUUCGAAUUCAUGAACUACACGAUUAUCACAAGCCAAUGUAAAGGCCCUAAAUACCCACCGGACAAUUGUUGUACAGCUUUCAAACAAUUUGCCUGCCCUUAUGUAGAUGAGAUCAAUGAUUUAUCCACUGAUUGUGCAUCAACCAUGUUUAGCUACAUCAAUAUUUAUGGGAAAUACCCGGCUGGCCUUUUUGCUAGUGAAUGUCAGGAAGGAAAGGAGGGACUUGCAUGUCCUGCAUCACCACCAUCGACAUCAGAGAAUGCAAAUGCAGGUCAUACGAUGCAUACUUCAACCUCACUGUUCAUCCAACCAAAGCAGAACAGAAGACGAAGAGAGAAUUUGAAGCUCAAAGUUACUUGAUUAGAAGGACCAUUGGCCAUCAUAGCAGAUGGCUCUCCCGCUAACUUCAAUGGCUCUUCCAAAACAUAUUAAACUGCCUCUCUCCUGGAGUCGUAUGUAACAACGUCUCAGAUUGCAUCUGCUGAUGGCUUGUCGGUUUUCGAGGCAAUAGCUUCCCCUGAUGUGUUUGCUUACAACACUAUGAUCAGAGGCUUAAUUCAGGGAAAAAUGUCCUUAUGAUGCAUUGUUAGUUUAUCAGAAACUCUUGCUUGGUGGCUUUACACCAGACAACUACACUUACACCUUUGUCCUUAAAGCUUGCUCCCACCGAAGGCUCUUUCUGAAAUAGCUCCAGAUAGUUAUGUUCACAGCUCGCUAAUACAUAUUUAUACAAAUUCAGGCAGCAAGGAUGAUGCAGAACAAACGUAUUCUCGCAGAAGAGAGAAGGCUUGCUUUGAAUUGUGUGAUUUCUGGGUACUUGAGUCUUGGUCAUGUUGAGAAGGCUAGGGCAUUGUUUGAUAACAUGGUAAGAAAAGACCCAUGUUGGUACUAGGAGUGCUAUGGUGACAGAAUACACAAAGAACAAAAUGCAUGCUGAGGCAUUAACUGUAUUUCAAGAUAUGAUUAUAUAUCUGAGUACUAGUGAGCUCGAUCGCUACUUGCCUGUGCAAAUAUCUUGGAGCAUUGGAUUAAGGAAGAUGGAUUUGUGGGUACAUAGAUAGAACUGGUAUAUCUAAUAUCUCCUUGGCCGCGCUGGGAACCAUGGUAGCUAGAUCUCCUUGGAAGGGCUGCCUUAUAUACUGGACUGGGGUUGUGGCACUGGCAUGUAACUAAAUUUCGAGUACAUACACAAACCAGAGUAAUUCAUUACAUUUGCAUACUAUUCAUUAUUACUCUUCAACCAA